GAGGCCAAUAGGAGCGGGGCGCGGGGCCUGGGCGGCCCGGCGCUGGAGGAGGAGGGCGGGUGGUAGGAUGGUGCGGAGUUAUGGCCUUGCAGGUCCUUAGCGGGAGCGCGGGGGGUGCCGAGAGCUCCCGGGUACCGGGGGCGGCCGCGCUGGGCGGCUUCGUCCUCCUGCUGCUGCUGCUCCUGCUGCUCCUGCUCCGGCCCAAGCGGCCCGCCCGCUUCCCCCCUGGCCCCGCGGGGCUGCCGCUCAUCGGCAACAUCUUCUCCCUCGCCGCCUCUGCGCAGCUGCCGCACGUCUACAUGGAGCAGCAGAGCCACCUGCACGGCCAGAUUUUCAGUUUAGAUCUCGGAGGUUUGUUCACUGUAGUCCUGAAUGGCUAUGAUGUGGUAAAAGAAUGUCUUGUUCAUCAAGGUGACAUUUUUGCAGACAGACCUGCUCUCCCUUUGUUCAAGAAGCUGACCAAAAUGGGAGGUUUGCUCAAUGCCACAUACGGACGGGGUUGGAUUGAACACCGAAGGCUAGCCGUGAACAGCUUCCGCUAUUUUGGCUCUGGUCAGAAGUCCUUUGAAUCCAAAAUUGCUGAAGAAGCCAAGUGCUUCAUCGAUGCUGUUGACACCUAUAAAGGAAAACCCUUUGACCUUAAGCAGUUGAUAACAAACGCUGUUUCAAAUAUCACCAACAUGAUUAUCUUUGGAGAACGCUUUUCCUAUGAAGAUACAGAAUUUCAGCACAUGAUUGAGAUCUUUAGUGAGAACGUGGAGUUGGCCGCCAGCGCUUCCAUCUUCUUGUAUAAUUCUUUCCCCUGGAUUGGUGUCUUCCCCUUUGGGAAACACCAACAACUGUUUAAGAAUGCAGCUGUGGUCUAUGACUUUCUCUCUAGAAUUAUCGAAAAGGUGACUGCCAAUAGGAAACCACACUCGCCUCGGCAUUUUGUUGAUGCAUAUUUAGACGAGAUGGAUAAAGGAAGAAAUGACCCAGGCUCCACAUACUCUAAGGAAAACCUGAUUUUCUCUGUAGGGGAGCUCAUCAUCGCUGGAACAGAAACCACCACCAAUGUACUAAGAUGGGCCGUUCUUUUUAUGGGCCUUUAUCCCAACAUUCAAGGACGAGUUCACAAAGAGAUUGAUUUAAUUGUGGGCCCUAACAGGAUGCCAUCCUUGGAGGACAAAUCCCAAAUGCCAUUUACUGAGGCAGUUUUGCAUGAAGUUUUGCGAUUCUGUAAUGUAGUCCCACUGGGUAUUUUCCAUGCAACUUCUCAAGAUACGGUUGUACGUGGUUAUUCUAUUCCUCGGGGCACCACAGUCAUUACAAAUCUUUAUUCUGUUCAUUUUGACAAAAAGUACUGGAAAGACCCAGAAGUAUUUUAUCCAGAGCGAUUCCUGGACAGUCAUGGACAGUUUGUUAAGAGAGAAGCACUGAUUCCCUUCUCACUCGGAAGAAGACAUUGCCUUGGAGAACAGCUGGCUAGGAUGGAAAUGUUUUUGUUUUUCACAUCAUUGCUUCAGCGAUUCCACUUGCAUUUUCCACCUGAGGUAGUUCCAAAUCUCAAACCCAAAUUAGGCAUGACAUUGCAGCCACUGCCGUACCUCCUCUGUGCAGAAAGACGGUAGCCAGAGAACAGCUAUCAUGAGGACUUGUGUAUUUAGACCAUGAAGGACUCUGCUCCCUGCUCAGACACUGCAGCCACUGCCAACCUCCUCUAAAGAUGGCGGCCAGAGAACAGCUAUCGUGAGGACUUGUGUAUUUAGACCAUGAAGGACUCUGCUCCCUGCUCAGAAUUUGAACAACGGUCCCAUUAUCAUAACUUUAUUUGAAACUGUUUUCUAAAGUCUAAAUUGAGAAAUGCAAACGUGAAUAUGUAUGUAGUUUUCUAAAUAUACAUUUGUACCCCCAAACCCACCUUCCUAACUCUGCCCACCUUUUAAUCUAGAUUCCUGAUCUUCUGGGAACAUGUAUCCAGAGAGGGGACUUAUCGCCAGUCUUCUGCCCUCUCUCUUUGAGGGCAGUGUUAGAGAAGGAAUAAAUAAUGGAAAACAGGAUUCUGAGGGGCAUUUGGUGGGGAGUGGGAUUUCAUUCCUUCAGCAAAUCCUGGCCUUUCUCCUCCUGGCUUCAGGGUCAGGCCCUUGUCCAGAUAAGGCUGUUCCUUGUCUCCAAACUGGUAGAGUUUAGUUAACAUUAAAUAAUGAUGCUUCUGGUCAUGAAGGAUUCCCUUGUUCACGCCGGCACCUGUAUGCCUAGUGUUCUCAUUCAUCAGUUGUUUACAACCAAAAACAGUAACAUAUUAUAAUGUUUGUGAGAAUACUCUACCUUCUGGGGAAAACUAAUCAGUACUAUUGGUUAUUUGGCAUCUCAAAGGACACCAGCUGACUUUAAAACUAGCUGUUUUAGUGGCUGUAGACAAAGUUUAACGUGGUCCCAGGGAAGGGGAUAAGGAAAAGCCUGUUUCUCCUAUCAGAAAGCAAGGGAAAAGUCCAUCAGUUUCAGGGGCCAGAAGGGAAGGUCUGCUUUGUGGAACUAGUGGACAUUCUCCUUUAAGCAGGGCAUGGCUCACAGAUUUAGUGUUGGAAGGGACCUUAGAGGUCAGCUGGUUCAACCCUUUCCUUAACAAAUACGAUAAACCCAGGCACUGAAUACAAAUCCAGUGCCCUUCCCACACUAGGGAAUGGAAGGGAGGCAGAGGCUCUCAGAAACUGAGGAGCACUUUCCUGCCUCUUAUCAGCAUGUCAUUGGAAGGGACAGACUCAGUCCUUCCCCUCAAAAGAACACCUCGAAUCUUUAUCACUCAAGGGGGAGAGCACAGUGAUGGUCCUGCUCAAGUUUCUGGGCCCUACUCUUGUCUUGAGGACCUUUAGCAAAGCCCUUGUCCUUGUUUUACUUCCUCUCAGUGGUUGCAACCCAAAGUGGGACGUAUGGAAUGGCCUCUGGAACAAACUCCAGAAAUCACACUGGUCAUAGUCACUGAGUGGAGUUCAAGUGUAAAGCAAAGACUUCUAGUUGACUGCUGAAGCCCAAGUUUGAGAAUGCAGAAAUAUUUGACAUUAAGCAGAACAGGGUUCAUUCACACAGCUCAGUCCUGGAGCUAAAGACAUGGCUGCUCUUCAGGAGGGCUAUCCCCAUUCAAAACCACUCUUCAUAGGAGUGUCUGUGGUCAGGACUACAGCUGGCAUAAUCAGCAACCAGCAGGCCAUGAGGCUACACUUCCCAAUCUGAUUGACACCAAAAUGCUUUUAGUCCAAGCCAAUGGUAGAUGUCUGUGUUUACAUAGAGAAGUAACAUCUCUGAUUUCACUUUGGAAAAUGAUGUUAAGAUCUGACAUGUAAACUUUUAGAUAUAAGUAAAAGUGUAUGAUUAUACUGUUAC